AUGGUGAACUUCAAACAGCUCUCAGUGGCCACAGGCCUUCUCCUUCUCAACUUCCCGGCGCAGUCUCUCGCCACAGAGACUGGUUAUUCUCGCUCCGGCGUGGGAAACCGUGCCAGACGAGACAUUGACUCUGCCGCCCUCCCCGCGGACCUUGACCCCCGCGACCCCUUCUUUGGCCUCAUUGGUCUAGCCGCCAAGGGUAUUGGCAAGGGCGUCUCGCAGAUUAUAAAGCACAAGAAUAGCCAGAAGAAACACAAGAAGAGGCCCGUUGGCAGGCCAAGGAAGAAACCGGCCCCAAAGAGGCCUGCCAGGGGACGUGGACCUGCCCGCAAGCCGGCGAGGCGCAAGGGGAAGAGAGCGGUGCGCGGGUUUCGAGGAUGA